AUGAUAACUGGUACUCUCAGUAUAGCAUGUUGGAGGAGUAUGCUUCGUAGGCUGCCCUCGAUAGUUUCAGUUGAUGGAAUGCCAUUUAUUUCCUUGAUGCCAGGAAAUGCCCUGUCCUCUUGGAUAUGGUCUUUUCCUCGAGUCAUGCAGGUGCGUUUGAUGACGAAGAGCAGGAAUGUGCAGGAUAGAAGUAAGAAGAAGAGAGUCUUUUACCUAGAAAGGGCCACAGAGAGGUGGAAGGUAGCUUCUAAGGUGUUAUUCUUGUUGGAGUUACUGAAGAAGGAACCCGAGCAAGUUAUACCAAUGAGGAGUUUAGAACAGUAUAGGCAACAGUUCAACAUAACUAAACCACACAAAGUUGCUGAUUUUGUUCGGAAAUCCCCGAGGUUGUUCGAGUUGUACAGAGAUAAGAAGGGCGCAGUGUGGUGUGGGCUGACAAGGCAGGCUGAGGAAUUGUUGGAAGAAGAGGUCAGGCUUCAGGAAGAACACUCAGAUAGAGCUGCUGAGUAUGUGACAAGGUUUUUGAUGAUGUCAGUGGAUAAGAGGCUUCCAGUGGACAAGGUCGCUCAUUUCAGAAGGGAUAUAGGACUUCCAUAUGAUUUCAGAACUAGAUGGAUCCAUAGCUAUCCUGAAAUCUUCAGGGUCAUCAAAUUGGACGACAUUGAGUACUUGGAGCUAGUCUCCUGGAAUCCAGGGUGGGCAAUUACAGAGUUGGAGAAGAAGUCUGGAGCCAGAGAAGCUGACCAGGAAUCUUCCAUGCCUGGAUUGCUUGAUCUUCCUUUUCCAUUGAAAUUCCCUCCAAACUACGAAAAGAUCUUCAGAAUAGGAGGGAAACUGGAACAUUUUCAGAAAAGGCCAUAUUUUUCUCCAUACGCUGAUGCUCGGGAACUGAAACCGGGGUCGCCAGAGUUUGAUAAGAGGGCAGUAGCAGUUAUGCAUGAGUUGUUGAGUUUUACCAUUGAGAAGAGGCUAGUUACUGAUCACUUGACACAUUUCCGACGCGAAUUUGUGAUGCCACAGAAAUUGAUGAGGCUUCUCCUGAAGCACUUUGGCAUUUUUUAUGUUUCAGAAAGGGGGAAAAGAGUUCAUGUCUUCUUAACGGAAGCAUACGAGGGAUCUGAGUUGAUUGACAAGUGCCCACUGGUGUGUUGGAAGGAAAAGGUCCUGCAACUUACUGGUUACAGGGGGAGGAGGAAGAACAUUGGAAAGUUUAACCAGUUUUUUGACGAGGAAGGAUAUGACAUCCUUGGUGAUGACAACGGUGACGAAAUUGAUGUCAUUGAAUCCGAUGAUAACGAAGUUAUUUCUGCAGUGGAAGAUGCGUCCUUUGCUGAAGAUUCUGAAAUGCAGCUCGAUGAACUGUAUGAUGCUUACAUUAAGAUGAAGUAA